AUGUUAAACAACCCUGAGAUCCGCACUGCCCGUCGUUUAGGUAUCCUAGAGACCGGCUCGGCAGCUUAUCACUUGUUCGGCUUGUAUCGCUGUGUAAUAAUAUCAGCGCGUUAUGUUGUACCGUCAAAUACAUAUCCAAAUGAAGCCAUUCUCGCUGCCGUAGCAAAUCUCAUCAAUGAGAAUCCUAUGCUCCGAGUGGGCAUCCAAGGCGAAGGCGACAUGGAAGCCUAUUUCACACACGUGCCUGAGAUGAGACUGUGUGAUUUCGUCGAAUUUCGUACCUGGGGUCCUGAAGAAGACCAUGACAAGUGUCUGAACGACUUACACUGCGAACUGCAUGACCAAUACUGGCAGAACAUUGAGACAAGGCCCCCGUGGCGGGUCGUCGUUGGCAGGCCGUCCGGUGUCACAGAAGAUAACGGAGCUCCUCUCUUUGAGGACAUUUCAUUUGCCUUUCACCACUCUCUUAUGGACGGCAUGGGCGGAAGGCUAUUCCAUGAGAAACUACUCGCCCAAUUGAACGCCCUGCCCGCGAACCUAGCGGCCCCCGAGGUUCUCUCCUUUCCCGAGCCACCAGUACUUCCUGAACCACAAGAGAAGGUCAUAGAUUACACGUCGACGCUAUCUGGCCGAGCUACUCUCCUAUGGAAACGAUAUCGACCCUGGUUCCUCACUCCUGGCCCACCAAAGAUAUGGGCUGGUGAACCUGUUGACUUUGAUCGCCACAAGGCUCGCUUGGUUACCGUGGAUAUCCCACCAGCAGUUGUACUGACUGCCCUCAAAGAGACGCGCGCUCACGGGACUUCUAUGACUGGUCUUUUGCAUGCCCUUGUCCUUGCAUCACUAUCGAGACGAAUUCCUACUGCCCCGGCCUUCAUUUCGUCGACACCCAUAAGCAUGCGUCCCUACAUAUCACCUAAUGCUGGCCCUGCUAUCAAGGACGCACUGUUCGGUGCUGUAACCGGCAUGUCACACAAGCACUCUUCUUCAGCAGUGGCCGCCUUACAGGCUGCAAAGGGGGAUGAGAUUAAUGACCUUAUCUGGAGCCACGCAAGGAGAGUCAAAGACGAGCUCAAGAAAAAGACAUCUACAAUCCCCGUGGACGAUGACAUGUUGGUUCUCGCGACCAUCACCGAUUGGAAAGCACUUCUACGGAAGAAGGAUGGCCAACCGCGACCUCGAUCGUGGGAAGUUAGCAACGUCGGCACUCUUCCAGCCCUGACUGAAGAGCCGGGUAAGAGGAGUAUUCAUCGCAUGCUGUUUACAAAUGGCGUCAUGGUUGCAAGCGACCCCAUGAGUGUCAGUGUAGCAAGUGUCAAGAACGGCCCCUUGACGAUGGGAAUUACAUGGAAUGACGGUUUUGUGGAAGACGAGAUCAUUGAGGGGCUGAAGGACGAUCUGGCGAUGUAUCUAAGGCGGCUGCAUGAGACGGGGGUAAUUACUGGUGAGUCGUAG